AUGGCCGACCUUGCUGUGAAGCCUAGGUCAACGAGAUCGCUGCGACUGUUCCACCUUCUGGCUGGCUCCGCGGUCCUUCUGCUAUGUCUCGCCCUGCUUCCUGGCGUCCACGCAAAAGCUCGCCGUCCGACCAGUCUGUCAGGUUUGGUGCAGCACCGACGCAGCCAGGCGCCUCUUCAGGAAUCUUACUUGUACACGCGCACUGCCGUGAGCGAGCCGCAAGAGUAUUCAACGGGCGUCAGUCUGUCCUUGACCCUCCAGUCUGAGAAGGAUCCCUUGCAAGGCAAUUCGAAGACGGCGCACUCCAAGUCGCGCUUCCGAUCGCAAAGUGGGAUCAUGGAAGAUAGCGGUGAGAACAAUGACGGCAAAGGUGCGGACGAAGGCGCCGGUAAAGGCACGGACGCAGAUACUGGUAGCGGGGCGAGCACGGUGCAAAGCGCAACACCGCAAGCUGAGCCAUCGUCCACAGCCACACCUGCACCAUCGCCGGAGAAGGCGCAACCUCUGCUCAACUUUGAGCCAGCCCCUCCCAGCAGGCUCUAUGGAGAAUCGCAUGGACUCAAAAAUCACACCAUCGUCCUCAUCAGGCGUGUGUUCGGUCAUAGCUAUGGCAAACCAUCCGUCCUCAAGUACUCGCCCAAAUUGUUCCCUGCAGAAUUUUCUGAUCCAUUGCAGUGGCGCGGAUUACUCAUGCGACAAGAUGGCGUCUCGAUUGGCAGGCAAUUCGACAGACUCGGAAGCGUUCAGAUUGGCGGCACGGAGAUCUGGCGAACGGACAAUGCGGAACCACGAAACGUCAGCGAUACCACGUGGUCCACCGAGAAGCAGGUCGAUCAAUACUUUGACUUGUUCAAGCAGGAUCGCAAUCUCGUGUUCGACUACCCUAACAUUGUCGAUGCUACCUACACCGGCUACUUGAAUAUAACGCUGUCCCUGACAGUCUCUAUCGCGGAUCCUCGAGCGCCUCGCUCAGAAGACAAGACGAACAGCAUCAGGGCACCCUUGGCAGAUGCGUCGCCCAUGAUCUUGCCCCUUGCCAAAGGCUUUGACGAUGACAACGCUUUCUUCGAGCUUGGCGGGCCCAACCAGUCUGACACUGAUGGAUUGACCAAAGUCAAGUUCCCUUCGAACGCCGCGACUGCCGUUGUGGAGAUUUUUGCUUCAGGCACAGCACAAGAAGAGUUCUGGUACACGAAUCUGCCAGAUGCGGUCUACAAUAGCUCUACCACUGAUCUCAGCAGCGUGGGCAUCUUUAGGCACGGUCCUUAUAGGGAGCUUCAAUUGUCGAUCGAUGGCAAAAUUGCCGGCAUCGUCCUGCCGUACCCUGUCAUCUUCACCGGCGGAAUCCAAAACCUCAUAUGGCGACCUCAAGCUGCAUAUGGGGCCUACAAUCAACCGACAUACCACAUCGACAUCACUCCCUUUCUCGGUUCUCUGACAGAUGGCCAAGAACAUGACAUUAAGCUCGACGUGGUCAGCGGCGAAAAGGACCGUCUUUUGGGCACAUACUGGUUCGUCACGGGCAACAUACAGGUUGUCCUGGAUACGGUCCCUGGCCGCACCACCGGCGCUCUGCACAAGCAUGUGAUCGAAGGUGGCGAUUUGAUCAGCACUGGCUCCGUCGAAGGUAACCUCAGCACAAAUGGCUCUUUCACAAGCUUCACCCACUCAAGGACACCUCGCACGGUUCUAAUCGAGGCGCGCAUUCAGAAACCGAGCCGCAGAAACCCCGUCAGCGUCACCUGGUCGCAGACGGUCGACUUUGAAAACUCGCAGAAGUACGCGAGCACAUCCGCGGCCAACACAAUCAACCAAAAGGCCCAUGGAUCAUCAAAUUCGAUGCACGCCGGUGCCACUUUCUUGGCCUCGACCUUCUCGUACCCGCUAGAUGUGACGUACAAUCCAGACUAUACCAAGACAAGUAUCAACCACACUUACUUUAAUUCGCUCCAGCUUGAAGAUCCGAAGUACGCACAGCCACAGUGGCAGACGACGAAUGUCAUGCAGACCGGAUCCGUGGACAUGGGACCCGACAAAAACACAGGAGGUCUCUCUGUCAGGGUAAAUGCCAGGGCCGAGACCAAUUACGAGGAUGCCAACAAAAACAGUUUCAAGCGCAUCACUGUCAACAAGUGGACGUCGGACGGCAAAGUGGCAAAGUUUGACAUUGUCUCGGACGAGGUUUACGGAUCGCUCAAGCCGUACGCACAGCCCGUCCAGACGUCGCCGGAGACGGAAGCCUAUCGUCAGCAAUUGGCAAAGCAGCCGGCAGCUUUGGAACAAUUAACGGACCCAGAAUAG